UCAAAAUCUUUUUCUCUUAAGAAUUAUUCUAGCAAAUUUCAAAAAGGGAAUAAAUAAUCCACAAAAUGUCACAGGCGAGUAAAAUAACAUUGUUGCUAUUUGUGACUGCUUUUGUUGUAACAGUCAAUUGCAACACUUGUUCUGUUAAACCAAUGGAGAAAGGCGUGGAUUUGAAUAGGCUUGCUGGAACAACUUGGUAUCAAAUGCUUAAUGCAGAUGAUCCGAUUGAUCGUGUCACACCUUGCUAUGUCGUGAAGUUCGGUGAAGCCAUAGAAGAUGGAAUCAGCUUUGAAUUUGUUAUGCUAGACCCCAGUAACUUGGGUCGUGUUGAGACAUCUUAUCAACAAUUCUACAAGGAAGGACAAGCCUUCAGAUUCAAGAUGGAGAAUGAGAAAAAAUGGUUGAAGGCUUCGCUAAAGCAGGCGUUGGAUAAACCAAAAGAUGCGAGUGGAGACGAGAAGGAAUUACUCGAUCACUUCAAAUACCCUGUGCAUAUCUAUACCGACUACGAAACUUACUACAUUGGUAUUUUGUGCCUAGAAGAUAGCCCGGCAGUGUUUGCGUAUUCUUCCUACAACGGUAUCUCAGCUGAAACUACGGCAAAAAUAUAUAAUGCAAUGAUUGAACACGACGAUAUGCCUGUACCUUUAUAUUUCUCCAAGUGCCCUUUGAUAAAAAACAUUGAAGAAUAUUUGAAGUAAUUUGUCAUUUUCAUUUGUCAUGAACAUUUUCAUUUGCUGUCAGAGCGGAUCGUAAUAUUGAAAUGUUACCAUUGUGUAAAUAUUUGUAUUGUAACUGUUUUUUCAACACAGAGACUUGAAAUGAAACUCUGUUAAAGGAGAAUGAACAAUUAAAUUUAUUGUAAAGCAUUUUAAAGAGAAUAAACUUAUUCAACAUUU